AUGUAUUUAUCAUUGACAUCAGUCCUACUUUUUAUUGCACUUUUGAUUAGUGAUUCUUUAUCUCGCGAAGUUGACUUAUGCUACGUAAAUGACGAUGAUCCAUAUUUGUAUUUCGGCACUAAAUCUGCCUAUACUUUCGUUGGUGGUAGGUCACGACUUGAAACGAUACCCAAUUGUCAACCAUUACAAAUCUGGACGAUGAUUCGUCAUGGCGCUCAUUAUCCUGGAAACGAAAAAAUAUCAAAAUUGCGAUCACUAGUCAAAUUUCGUGAUCAAAUAAUAGAUAAUCACCAACAAAAGAAAACUGGACACAUGUGCAAUGAAGAUUUAGAUAACUUAAGAAAUUGGUCACCGGAUCCAAAUAUGAAAGAAGAAAAUGCUAAAAAAUUAUCUUCUCAAGGGACAGAAGAUGUGAAGCUAUUUGCACGUCGUCUUCGGUCAGAUUUUCCUGAGCUUCUUCAAGCUACUUAUGCUGAUAUCACAUCACAAAAUUAUUUGUUUAGUAACUCGGGAAAUCAUCGUACUCAAUCUAGUCUUGACGCUUUUACAGAAGAGUUUUUUGAUAGAACUGGUGCUAGUGCCUCAUUAGCAACUCAAAAUAAUGACGAGUGGUUAAAGACGUACAAAAAUUGUUCUCGCUGGAAAGAUGGUGACGAAUUAGAUCCUAAUAUGUUAGAAGAACGAUCUAAAUUUUCGAUGAGAGUCGAAUUAACAAACACUAUUCAAAACAUUAGUGACAGACUCGGUUUCAAGUACCUUUUAUCAGAAGAGGCAAUUUUUUUGAUGUACGAUAUGUGUCGUUAUGAUAAAUCGUGGGCUGUCAAUCGAAUAUCUCCGUGGUGUGCAAUAUUUAGUGGAGAUGAAUUGAAAAUUUUGGAAUACUCUGAAGAUAUCAAUUAUUACUAUGGAGCUGGUUAUGGGCGUGAAGUCAAUGCUCAACUUGGAUGUAUUCCUCUACAAGAUAUGUUUAAGCAUUUUCGGUUCGUUUCCUUAGAAAUUGAGCAUGGUGACGUUACUGGAAAACCGAAAGGAAUUUUUCACUUUACUCAUACAAUGUCAAUGCUUAGUUUUUUGAGUACAAUGGGUAUAGGAAAAGAUGAACAAUCAAUUUCGUCAGCUAAUUAUAAAGAGAUGACAAAACGACAUUGGAGAACGUCAUUUUUGGGACCUUUUAAUUCUAAUCUUAUAGCUGUAUUUUACAGUUUAUGUGAUUAUAUAAAAACUAGUACCGAUGAAUAUCAAGUGAUGAUAAUUAAAUCCGCAAAUCAAUCCAAAACCGUAAGCAACCCAUGGAUAUAUGAGUUAUUAGUCAAAACAAUUGAAAAUCGUCCUACUUUGCGACUCGAUCUUAAUCUAUCAUCAACAGUGAAUGAUGAUUCAAUAUACAAUGGAAUACGUGACACUGCAGGAACCUUUUUCAUACUCAUACGAGAUUCUGAAUUCACUGACAUCAAAUCUUUAAUGGAUAUGAUCGACUUACUAAAAGAACUCUCUACGUUGAAAGGAAUAACAAAAUUUUUGAUAAUUUUUAUAUCCGUAGAAACGAAAGAAAAUUUAGAGAUAAUUUUUCAGUAUACUUGGAAGAAACAAAUAAUUGAUAUUACAAUAUUAGAGAUACCAAAGUGUGAUGUCAGAAAAUUCAAAAUAUUAAACGAUUGUUCGGCUAAAACGCCUAUGAUUCAUCAGUUUAAUCCCUUUUUAAAUUCAUUUACACAUGAAUAUUAUUCAUCGCAAACUCAGUGGUUUCCGUCUGUUAUGAAAAAUUUAUACGGUUAUCCAAUUAAAGUUGCACUUGUUCAUGACCCACCCUUUUCAUUUAUAAGUUACAAUAAAAAUUUAGAAGCUGUGAAUAUUUCUGGACCGGAUAUCUUGGUGAUAAAGACUUUGGCGUCACAAAUGAACUUUACUAUGAAACUUUUGCAUCGUUUGGUUGCCUAUGAACACAUUCGAAAUAGUUCAGUGGAUGAGCUUUUCAAAUUAUUAGAGUCAGAUAUAAUAGAUGUGUUAGCUCACGGCAAUCCUCAUUACACAGAAACUGUAACCGAAAACGCAUAUCGCUCGGGAGAACUUUUUUUUGAUCAAUUAUGUGCUCUGGUGCCGAUACAAAAAGAAGAUAAAAUCCCUUUAUCGUUAAGCGCGAUAGAAGCUGUUAUUAUUUCUACUACCAUAGUGAUUGCAUUUUGGAUACCAGCUUUUAUCCUGAAAUUCGACAGAAGCUGUUGGAGUAUUUUUGUUAUCUUUCGCGUAUUAUUUGGAAUUUCUGUAAAUAAAAGACCUUCAAUAGUUUCUCAACGGCUUCUUUACACAUUUCUUUUGCUUAUUUCAUUUUCAUAUUCUUCAAAUAUUUAUGCUUCCUUAACCAGUGUUUCUGUUGAUUCAGAAUAUCAAAAAGAGUACCGAAAUUUUGAUGAUUUAGCCAAAUCAUCUUUAACACCAAUGAUAUCAAAACAUCUUUAUGGAAAAACAUUUAGUACGAGUGAAAGAUCUAUAUUGGAAUUGAAGAAAAAAGUUGUAAAUACAACAAAUAUAUGGAUGUGUCCUUUUAUAGCAGAAAAAUUUAAAAACAUAACUUGUUUAAUGGGUAAACUGGAGAGCAAAAUAUUUUUGGCAUCAAAAAAAUCAAGGAGACAAAAUUUAAAACUUACUAAAGUAUGUUUUUGGUCAGACAGUUAUACUUUUUUGGUGAAGAAAGGUUCAGUACUUCGAAGGAGUUUUAAAAAAAUUUUUUUGAUAUUUUCUGCAGUUGGAUUAGAUUCAAAAUGGUAUAAAAAUGAUGGUACAGAGGUGGAAGAGUCUGGUGAAACAGGGGAAAAUUCUGUAAAAGAAUUAUGCAACGAUAAAGCUUCACCAAACCAAGUAAUGUUUUAUUUACAAGAAAAACCGUUGCAAUAUGAAGGUUGCAAAGUGGGCCUUUGUGAUUGGGAGUAUCUUAAAAAUAAACUUGGUAGCAUUGCUGAUCAAUGCAGCUUAGAUUUUUGUGGAUCUGGAUAUGCACCUAUAUUUCAUCGAUUAAUUACUUAUUUUUUAAUCCUAACUGUACUAAUAUUUAACUGGUUGAUGUAA